GUCUAGCUGCACCGAGGGGUGAGCGUCUGCCGAGGCCCAAUCAGCGGCUCAGUGCUGCCUGCCGGUGCCGGAGACUGGUGGUGAGGAGCCGCUGCAGCGCGUCAGGACCGGACCGUGAACCCGGAGACGGUACACACUGAGGCGAAAAGAGACACAGGAUGGAGCGGAUGUCUGAGGAGGCGCUGAGGCUCAACCUGCUGAAGCGAGGCUUAGAGUCCCCCAACGAGCGAGAGGAGGCCCUGGCCAAACGCCUCAAAAUGGAGGGCCACGAGGCCAUGGAGCGCCUCAAGAUGCUGGCUCUACUCAAACGCAAGGACCUCGCUGACCUGGCAGCCCUGGAGGUCGGGGGGCCCCUGGGGGAAGGGAAGGGGCCCGGAGCCAGCAGCCUCCACCACCAGAGCCUCAUGGGAGGUGCCUACGAGGAAAAGAUGAACGGGAGUCUGAGGCUGGCGGGCCACGGCAGCCAUAUUGGAGCCAGUAAGAACGGGAAGGAGAACAUGAUGGAUGAGCCGGUGGACAUGAGCGCUGGGAGGAGAUGCGAGGCUGAGCAUGACAGACGGACUCCGUCUCCAGACGUCAUCAUCCUGUCAGACAACGAGGCGUCCAGUCCCAGAACGACGCCGCGCCCUGAGGAGCGCCUGCACCAGGCCAACCUGGACCUGUUCAAGGGGAAGACGGUGGAAGAGAGGCAGCAGAUGAUCAAGGCUCUGAGGGAGGAGCUGCGCCUGGAGGAGGCCCGCCUGGUGCUGCUCAAGAAGCUCCGGCAGAGUCAGAUGCAGAAGGAGAACGUGGUGCAGAAGGUCCCCGUGGUGCAGAACGCUGCCUCCUCUGUGCAGGCCCCCCCCAUGCACAGCUCUCAGGGCCUGGGGAAGCUGCCUGUGAGGCCGGGCAUGCACAACCCGGAGCCCCAGAACCUCCGCACGGCACAGGGUCACACGGUUAUCAGGUCAGCAGCCAAUGCUAACCUGCCCCCCAUGCUGAUGUCUCAGAGAGUGAUAGCCCCCAACCCUUCCCAGCUGCAGGGCCAGAGACUGUCCUCUAAGCCCGGGAUGUCCCGCUCCAGCUCCAGCAUGGCCAACGCCGUCAGCUACCAGCAGCAUCAGAGAAUGUGUGUCUCCCUGCAGGCCAGCCAGCAGGUGGCAGCCUCCCAGCGCUCAGGCUCCAGUGCCAUGUACAUGAACCUGGCCCACAUGCAGGCGGCCGCAGCAGCCGGGGGGGGUAUGGGCGGGGCUUCGGCCGUCAGCCCCUCCACCAUGUCCAGCUCGGCGGGCGGAGUCAGCUCCAUCGCAGACCAGGCCAGCAGCCAGGCGGCCGCCAAGCUGGCCCUGAGGAAGCAGCUGGAGAAGACCCUGCUGGAGAUCCCCCCACCCAAACCCCCCGCCCCGCUGCUCCACUUCCUGCCCUCUGCCGCCAACAGCGAGUUCAUCUACAUGGUGGGGCUGGAGGAGGUGGUGCAGAGUGUGCUCGACAGUCAGGGUAAACUCAGAGGCACGCUGGGCCGGAUGGAGCCGUUCUUCUGCGCCCAGUGCAGAACCGACUUCACCCCCCACUGGAAGCAGGAGAAGAGCGGGCGGAUCCUGUGUGAGCAGUGCAUGACCUCCAACCAGAAGAAGGCUCUGAAGGCGGAGCACACCAACCGGCUGAAGAACGCCUUUGUGAAGGCCCUGCAGCAGGAGCAGGAGAUAGAGCAGAGGCUGCAGCAGCAGGCCGCCCUCUCCCCCAGCUCGGCCCCCACCGGCCCCAACGCCUCUAAGACUGACUCCAUGAUCCGACACCAUGCACUCCGCCAGGCCCCCAGCCCCAGGCCUCCAUGCAGAGAGGCCUGUCUAACUCAGCGCGGGGCGUCCUGUCUAACUUCGCCCAGGCCUCCCAGCUGUCUGUGGCCAGCAGCCUCAUGGGGAUGGACCAGGCGGCAAAGCACUGUGGCAGCGGGGGGGGCAGCGGCAGCAGCAACAGGAUGCAGCACGACAGCCGCCGGCAGAUCUACAACAUCCCAGGGUUAAAUAUCGCCUAUCUGAACCCCGCGGCGGUGGGGGCCCAUAAGAGCUCCAGCUUAGCGGACCGGCAGAGAGAGUACCUGUUGGACAUGAUCCCCCCUCGAUCCAUAUCGCAGUCCAUCAGCGGACAGAAAUGAGCCCAUCUGAAGCCCCCCCAUCCUGCCCUCCUACCCCAUACUGAAGCACUCCCAGAUCGACCACCACCCCCCCCAUCGCAUGCAGGCCUGUCCGUGUGCCUACUUGAACACCAACCCAUGAAACCCACGAGUCGGACAAAGACACUAAACUGUCGGUGCAUCUCAGAUGUUCUUCUUAUAGUACAGCUCUUCUUCUUCGUCAGCGUUGUUUAACAAUUAUAAUUCCCAUUAUUAUCGCUGUUGGUAGCACUAUUAUUAUACCUGCAACUACCACGUUUGCUUCAGUUUACUCAUUAUGCUUUUUCUUUUAUACGUGUUUGCUCCGUUUUUGUUUCCCUCUUUUACUUUGGAGCAGUGACAGGAAAUCACCGUUAGAGCUCCACCAUCACGUAGGAUUAAGACCUGAUUAUUGCUAGUAACAGAAGAUCAACAGGGUGCAUUCUGGUUGCUAUGCCAACAUAAAGUUUAACAGCUUUGUAAAAAGUGUUAGCUCUUUAACUUGGAGAAGAACAAAGUUAAAAAUACUGAUAGGAACAAACCCCCACUCUCCCCUGGUGAAAGGGCCAGUUUCAGGAUCUGUGACCACCGACAGCCAGCAGCUGAAGCUUCGAUUUCAACUCCACCUGAGUCGGGGGGGGGAAUCUGGAACCCACAGGAGGGGGCCCAUGUGUACUGAAGAGAAGAUCAGAGUUUGGAAAAGCUUUUCCCCAUUCCCCAUCAGAGGCUCAUCAGGGGACUCUUCCUGUCAGCCCCUCCCCCGCAGAUCACCAGGUGGAUGUAGGUGUAGUCUGUCAUGAGCACUGACACCCUGCAGAGAGCUCAUCCUGGAGGAUCAUCUGAAGCCCCCCAAGUGUUCACAGGGAAGUGUUUACUCGGAGAAAGGCAGUCCAUCUCACUUCCUGCUCCCCCGCCCCCACCCUUUGGUUAUCCAGUAUGCACAGACUGAACCCUUUUACCCCUAAGCUCCUUUUUGGGCGUCAUAUGUUCUUUUAAAUGAACUCAAGUCUGAAGGUGGAGGCACAUUUCCUGCAUCCAAACCACAGAUUCUCUACCUGGAACCUAAAGUCUGGGUCCUAUUCUUCUUAUAUUUUAGUUUUCGGAUUGUUGGCCCCUCCACCCAACUUUCCUUCUCUUUUUUUUUUGCUUAGUUUUAUUUGUUAGUUUGUUUGUUUGUUUUGUUUUGCGGCGUCUCCUAAUGAAAUGGUGGCGUACCUGAGAGGUGUUAGCCACCGGAGACGAUAAUAAUCAUCAAAGCUAAAACAGAAACUAUUGUAUGGAUAAUGUAUAAUACCUAGCUUCAGAGGGAGAAAAUAAACGAUGUGGAUUAUAUCUUU